GAGCUAGAGAGAUAAAGUGAUAUGUAUAAUGAAUUCCAAUCAACCAUUCAAUCAAUCCCCCCUUUACAUGGCUCCCAUAGGGAGUAUUUAUAGAAGAAAAGAGGGCUGGGCUUCCAGGCUUGGGCCUGGCUGGCCCAGUUACAAUAAAAGGCCAAUAAAUGGCUAAUAAAUAGUAUCUAAUUUAUUUAAAUGUGUACAUAUGAAUAAAUGUAGUGUACAAGGAAAUAAAUGCUAUCUACUGAACAUAUGUGGGCCGCUGUCCGGGCUGCUGUCUGGGCCCAAUAGUCGUGAUACCCAGGGUCCGAGUCUAUAUACUCUAUCAGGAGUCCCCCACUCUCUGAGUCGAGAGUACUCGAGGCGAAAGAGAGUAGAACUGUGUGCUGAUCUGUCGUCGUCCGGUGAGUAAACUGCUCUCAUCAUCGAAGCGCCUCGCCCGGAUUCCUAAGCCGAUGAUCCGAUCCCACUGGUGAGCCCUGGCUGAGGCAACCCUGUGGGAAAAUCCUCAGCCGAAGGUCGCAGGCCAGAGACCAUCACCACCGGUCCUGAGGCCGGGGAGCUAUGUAUAUGUACUGGCCGAUGUGGCAGCUCAAUAUGUAUGUGAUAUGAUGAUGUCGUCGGUGUGAGUGGCAACCCUUGCAAAAAUUUUGAAUUUCUGCUUCUUUGGUAGCGAAGGCGCUAAGUCCCCCGUUCUCCCAGUCCCCCACUCCUUGAGGCGAGUGUAACGAGGUGAAGAGGAGUAGAGUAAUGCAUGUCUGAUGAUGUCUGCAACAGGGGGCCGAGGGUUGACACCUUUUGAUCCACAAUGGGGCGAUGCCUCGUUAAAAACCUCAUUAGGAAAAACCCUGUGGGAAAAAAUCCUAAUGAGGGAAAAAGAGUACAUCGGAUGCCCCCAGAACGAAGCAAAAGGUGCGAGCCCUUCGGCCUAGAGGUGGAGCUGCAGCGGUGUCCGUCUGCCGAGGGGAUGGCAGAGGCCGAUCCAUAGAUGUGGGUAGCUCGUCAUGAUCAGUAGUCCUAGUCAUCAAAUAAAGAUGACUAAGGGAUGGGUCGAGCGACCGUCCAUAAUAUGAUGUCUGGUUCAUCAAAUAAAGAUGACCAGAAUAUGAGGCCGAUGGGCCAAUGUGAGCUCCACGUCAUCAAAUAAAGAUGACUGGGAGUAGUGGCCGAGAGGCAUAUAUGAGAGCUCCACGUCGUCAAAUAAAGACGACGGGGCGAUGUAUGGCCGAGGGGCCUGCAUAAGAGCUCCACGUCGUCAAAUAAAGACGACGGGGCGAGAUAUGGCUCAGAGGCCUAUAGAUGAGUUCCUCGUCAUCAAAUAAAGAUGACAGAACGAUAUGUGGCCGAUGGGCCUGUAGAUGAGCUCUUUGUCAUCAAACAAAGAUGACAGAAUAAUAUAUGGCCGAUGGGCCUGUAGAUGAGCUCUUUGUCAUCAAACAAAGAUGACAGAAUAAUAUAUGGCCGAUGGGCCUGUAGAUGAGCUCUUCGUCAUCAAAUAAAGAUGACAGAGCGGUAUAUGGCCGAUGGGCCUGUAGAUGAGCUUCUCGUUAUCAAAUAAAGAUGACGGAGCAAGAUAUAUGGCCGAUGGGCCUGUAUGAGAGCCCUUCGUCAUCAAAUAAAGAUGCUAGAGCAAGAUGUGGCCGAGGGGCCUAUAGAUGAGAUCUGAGAUCCUUUAGUCUCUGAGCCGGAGACCGCAAGGUGUUUGCUAGAUCCGAACAUGAGGACGAGGCGUUGGACGCCUGUCUGAAUAUGAGGAUGAGGCGCUGGGCGCCUGUCUGAAUAUGAGGACGAGGCAUUGGACGCCUGUCUGAAUGUGAGGACGAGGCGUUGGACGCCUGUCUGAAUAUAUGCGGACGAGGCGUUGGACGCCUGUCUGAAUAUGAGGACGAGGCGUUGGACGCCCGUCUGAAUAUGAGGACGAGGCGUUGGACGCCUGUCUGAACAUGAGGACGGGGCGUGGGACGCCUGUCUGAUGAUGACGAGGCAAUGCUGAGCCGAUCAUCAUAUAUAGGCGACAGUCGCCAUCCAGGAGGGGAUGGCGAGCCCGAUCGCUAACCCAAGACAUUCGGCAAUGAGAGGCCGGUCUCGGAAAUAGGACAUCACAUCGUGGCCUAGGGGCCGAUCGUGAUGUGAGGACGGCUGUGAUAAGGAGCCGAUCCAAAAUAACAAUGACGAGGCGAUGAUAAGCCGGUCGCCAUGUAGGGGCGAUAGUCACCAUCCAGGAAGGGAUGGCGAGCCUGAUCGCUAGCUCAACACACUCGGCGCUGAUGAAGCCGGUGUUGAGAUAGAUCAUCACGCCGAGGCCGGGGCGGCGGUCGUGAUAUAAGGAUGGCGAUAAUGGGUAGCCGAUCCGAAUAAUGAUGACGAGGCAGAGAUGAGCCGGUCGUCAUGUAGAGGCGACGGUCACCAUCCAGGAAGGGAUGGGGAGCCCGAUCGCUAGCUCAACACACUUGGCGCUGAUAAAGCCGGUGUUGAGAUAGGGCAUCACGUCGAGGCCGGGGGGGCGAUCGUGAUGCGAGGUCGUCAGCACUAUGAGGCUGAGCCAAACGUCCAAGCAACGGUCGCCAUCCGAUGAAGGAAUGACUGAGACCGGUCUUGGGGAAUAUGAUCACGUCGAGGCCGAGGGCCUGCCAUGAUCGGAACUGAGGGGCCGACCCAAAAAUCCAUGCAAUGGUCGCCACCCAGUAAAGGAAUGGCUAAGACCAGUCUUGAUAUAAGGUACCGCGCCUUGGUCGAGAGGCCGGCGGUGAUGCGAGGAUGACGACUAUGAUAAGCCGGUCCAAUGUAUGAUGACGAGGCAAUGAUAGGCCAAUCGCCAUGUAGAGGCGACGGUUGCUAUCCCGGAAGGGAAUAGCAAGCCCAAUCGCUAGAUCAAGACACUCGGCGCUGAGGGAGCCGGUCUUGAGAUAAAGCAUUACGUCGUGGCCGAAGGGCCCGAUCGUGAUGUGAGGACGAAGAUGCUGAGGAGCAUGUCCGAGAUAUGAUGACGAGGCAAUGAUAAGGCCGAUCGUCAUGUAGAGGCAACGGUCACCAUCCAGGAAGGGACGGCGAGCCCGAUUGCCAACUCAAGACGCUUGGCGAUGAGAAGCCGGUCUUGAGAAGGAAUAAUCACACCAAGGCUGGGAGGCCGGUCGUGAUGUGCGGAUGGCGAUGAUGAUGAGCCGAUCCGAAUAAUGAUGAUGAUGAGGCGGAGAUGAGCCGAUCGUCAUGUAGAGGCGACGGUUGCUAUCCCGGAAGGGAAUAGCAAGCCCAGUCGCUAGCUCAAGACACUUGGCGCUAAGGGAGCCGGUCUUGAGCUAGAGCAUCACGCCGAGGUCGGGGGCCUGGUCGUGAUGAGAGGACGGCGAUGAUGAUGAGCCGAUCCAAAUAAUGAUGACGAGGCGGAGAUGAGCCGAUCGUCAUGUAGAAGCGAUAGUCGCCAUCCAGGAGGGGAAUGGCGAGCCCGGUCGCUAGCUCAAGACACUUGGCGCUAAGGAGGCCGGUCUUGAGAUAAGGCAUCACGCCGAGGCCGGGGGCCUGGUCGUGAUGAGCGGACGGCGAUGAUGAUGAGCCGAUCCGGAUAAUGAUGACGAGGCGAUGAUGAGGCCGAUCGUCACAUAGGAGCGACAGUCGCCAUCCAAGAGGGGAAUGGCGAGCCCGGUCGCUAGCUCAAGACACUUGGCGCUAAGGAGGCCGGUCUUGAGAUAUAGCAUCACGUCAUAGCCGAGGGGCCGAUCGUGAAGAACGGAUGGCGAUGAUGAUGAGCCGAUCCGAAUAAUGAUGACGAGGCGAUGAUGAGGCCGAUCGUCACAUAGGAGCGACAGUCGCCAUCCAGGAGGGGAAUGGCGAGCCCGGUCGCUAGCUCAAGACACUUGGCGCUAAGGAGGCCGGUCUUGAGAUAUAGCAUCACGUCAUAGCCGAGGGGCCGAUCGUGAAGAACGGAUGGCGAUGAUGAUGAGCCGAUCCGGAUGAUGAUGACGAGGCAGAGAUGAGCCGAUCGUCAUAUAAAAGUAUGACGGCGUUGGGGAGGCCGUUCAUGAGCUGAUGGAGCAAGAGCUUCGGCAUUGGGAGCCGGUCUUGAGACGAAUAAUAAGUUUGGGGAAUUUAUUUAUUUUUAUUGCUCGAGGCCGGCAAGUGCGCGAAGGGUUACUGUCCCUUCGUCCAUGUGCGGUAGUUUGUCCGCUACGCUUUUCGCGUGGAUUAGUGCGAGGGAGUAAAUACGCCCUCGGCUUGUCAGUGGCAUCUUUUUUGCCUUUCCACGUCUAUCGUCGACGAGGGACCGGACUAGGCAUCGUCUUUUGACGGCCGCCCUUUGUGGUCCUGAGCGAAAUUUUACUGACGGGUGGAGUUUUUGUAACCUCAGCCUUAAUUCAGGCCUGUCGUCCUGCGGUUUCCGCGCGGACGACGCGGUAUGCUUCUCCGUUUGAAGACGUUGGACCAUGCACACAGGUCCUUCGUCCUGCAUAUCGCCGGUCGAUUUGGGUGUUUCACCGCUUGUGCCGAUACGAUAUUUAGGUGCGUUGUUUAUUGCAACGGCUUUGUAGGCGCGUUGUGGAUCGCAACGGCCUUAGGUGCGUUGUGUAUUGCAACGGCUUUGGGUGCGUCGUUUAUUGCGACGGCUUUAGGUGCGUUGUUUAUUGCAACGGCUUUGGGUGCGUCGUUUAUUGCGACGGCUUUAGGUGCGUUGUUUAUUGCAACGGCUUUUGGAUGACGCAAUUAGCGUGUAGGGGAAUGAGGUGUAUCCUUUACCGCUUUUAGGCAUAACGCUGUGUGCGGCCGAUGAUGGCUCUCAUUCUAGAUAUCCGGGUCAUCAAAUAAAGAUGACCGGGGUAGGUCAAGGGACCCAAAUAUAAUCCGAAUCAUCAAAUAAAGAUGUUCGGAAGGUUAAGGCUUUGGCCCGCACCAAUUGGGGAUUUUAAUCCGCUAGCAAUGGUGGUGAUGAUAAUAGUAAAACUAUUUUUUCUUUUUCUCUUUGGAAUAGUAGUAAAACUAUUUUUCCGGAAUAGUAGUAAAACUAUACUUUUUUUUUUUGAGAAUAGUGGUAAAACUAUUUUGCUCCAUAUUUAAUGCAUAAAAUAGGAGGAAGAGUUUGUGGGAUUUACCUGUAUUUGGGCCGAAGCCUGCCCUGCUUAGAAUUCAAGCAGGGAAAUGUAAGACUGGGCCUGCAGAUUAAACAGCCGGCCCAUAUGAUGAUAGUCCACCCUUUUGAUUGAGAUGCUGGUUCCAGAUCACGCUACUUGCCAAUUUCAUCCGCAGGGGAGAAGUCCAUACGAAGGAGUGGAGCGUGGAACAGAAUGGCGAGGUGGUUCCCUUUCGUCGCCGGAAAGCCUUGUGGACGAGGAGGUCCUUGCUGCUCCGGCCGUCGCGAAGACCAGAUGGUGGCCGAGGGAUCCGCGAUUGGGCGCCGGAGAGGGGCCAGAGACGACGAUGGGGAGGGUCCUGACCUGGCUGAGGCGAUUCGGACCCUAUCUGGCCGGAGGUGGUCGCUUGGCAGAGGUGACCCUAUUCUGGCCGAUGCGAGGCUUCUGGCCGAAGGUGGAUUGCUCAGUCCUCUGUUCAGGUUUGGCCGAUGGGUGACAUCGGAUGUGUGCGGCCGAUGCGCGCAUUGCUUGACGAGGUGGCCCCGUUUUGACUGAUGCGGCCCGGCCGACGCGGUUGCUUGACGAGGUGGCCCUGUCGCGUCCGAUGCGGUGCGCGGCCGAUGCGGUGCGCGGCCGAUGUGGUGUCCCUCUUUUUGACCGGUGCGGUGCGGACGAUGCGGUGUCGGCUGAUGCUCGCUGGACGAAGGAGGUGCAGCUCCCUGGCCGAGGUGGCCCUACUGUGGCCGAUGCGAUACUGGCCGAUGAUGUUUCAGGUUGAUGACGUUCCCAGCAGAAGUGUUCUGGCCUGACUGAUGUUCCUCCUUCAGCUCCCCUCAAUGGCAGAGGCGGCGCUUGCUGAUGCAGGGCCUUAGCAGAGGGAGUCGCCUGGCGGUAGGCUGACCGAUGAGGUGCCCGGCCGAUGGGGCAUUGUGGCCAAUGUGGAGCACCACUGCCUAAUUCACGGACGAGGGGCGACGGCCCCUUCCUCCCUUACGUUCAGGUUUGACCGAAGAGCUUCCUUUGGCCGAUGGGCGCCGGUUUUUCGGCUGGACGAAGGUCCUGCCUAGUCCAAGGGGCCUUGCUUAUUCCCAGGACGAGGGGUGCUAUGACUGGACGAAGGUUUGCUUGGACGAUAUGGGGCCCUUUACUCAACUCAGGCCGAUAUUGGAGAUAGAGGACGAAGCGUAUGGCCGAAGCUGUCCCAAUAUUUAUUGGAGACAGAGGACGAGGCGUUUGGCCGAGGCGAAGCUUUUCUGACGAUUGAUGUUGUGGCCGAAGCUAUCCAAUAUUCGUAGUUUAAGUUGACCUUGCCGUCAUAUUCAAGUGGUGGGCUGACUUGUGGUUUAGGAAGCUGCCACCUGUAAGGCCAAGUGGAUAUUAACCAGCUGGUAUACUUCUGUUGCUUUCUUUAGUUCUGGCCGAAGGAAUACUUGAAAUUCCUUGUUGUUGAACACCCACAUUUGAAAGUGUGUUUUGGGUUUCAUUUUGCUCCUAAUUGGGCGGAUGUGAUACCACGUCUUUUGUUUUGGUUGGGAGGAUCUCACUUGAUAUAUUCUAGCUCUCAAUGAAAGCACCAAAUGAUAGAUUAUUUAUCUUAGAGAGAAGGGAGAGCUAGAGAGAUAAAGUAAUAUGUAUAAUGAAUUCCAAUCAACCAUUCAAUCAAUCCCCCCUUUACAUGGCUCCCAUAGGGAGUAUUUAUAGAAGAAAAGAGGGCUGGGCUUCCAGGCUUGGGCCUGGCUGGCCCAGUUACAAUAAAAGGCCAAUAAAUGGCUAAUAAAUAGUAUCUAAUUUAUUUAAAUGUGUACAUAUGAAUAAAUGUAGUGUACAAGGAAAUAAAUGCUAUCUACUGAACAUAUGUGGGCCGCUGUCCGGG